UUUUUUUUUUCCCAUUCAACACAAGAGCUUCACUUGUAGGCAAUACGGCGGAGUUGAAACGAAUUCCAAUAGAGUGUGCUUUAAAGCUAUUGAAUUCGAAAUGUUUUACCACGUUCUGUAAAAAAAAAAAAAAAACCAUACAUCCCCGGCGCCAUUAGUGAGAAGUUUCAAUUUUAGAAAUGUAAAAGUACCAUGGUGGUCGUGAACACUGCACGCAUGACCCGGAUGUUGGGUCACUGGAAACGUACACUCAUUUAAAUCUUAAAUGUAAAAAAAUAUAUUAACUACAAAUUGAAUAAGGCUUCCUUUUUAAUGAGGUACAGUGUUAAACAUGUUAGAUUCCCACACGAAUUGAUGCCGUUAAAAACCUGCGAUAUAAGCGGUGUUAAACAGAAUUCAACUCUAUAGCCAGUGAACGCUGCAUCACUCUGCGUCCUAAAUGCCACAAGGUCAAAAGAUCGCCAAUUAAGUUAUUUUUUCAGCAGAGUUCUUCAGCAUCAUGACCAGCAAAAGGACGAAGGUCAAGUUCAGUUGGCUACGCACAGCUUUUGUGUCGCCCACCAAGUUCCAGAAGAACGACGUGGAUUCAGCCCGGCCCACUCGCUGGAGCGGCGAUGCGUGCGACGACUCGAGUGAAGCCUCGUCCCCCGGCCUGAGCUCGCCCACCGGUUCAGCUGGACUGGGAGAACUGGAGCACAUUAAACUGGACACCCCUAAGGGGAGACGCACUGGUCUGUCACAGAACUCCCAUAAAACACAGCAUCUGUCCAGCAGACCCUGCAGGCUGUUCGAGAACGUGAAGGACCCACAGGUAGAAUGUCCGCCUCCAUCGUCCACUUUUGGUGGAAGGCGACAAACCAGAACUCCAGAGGAUGGUUCAAAAGUCAUCUACCUGCGAGCCCUGAGUGCUGCUCUCGGGAACAGACAGAGGAAGUCGACCCCCUCUAAGGAUGGUGCCGAUACGAAGAGGACACACUCCUGGAAGAGUUCUGUAGAACCCCUGACUGUUGAACAAGAACCUGAGAGAAACACGGAGCACAGCUGCUGCUCAUUCAGCGAGAAACCUGCUUCUGUGUGUGUCCAGGCAGAGGAGCGCACACAGGCUUCACUCGUCUUUAUAGACACUGAGGAAGAAGAGAACGCAGUGGAAACCCACACCAGGUGCGUGGUCCUGAAAGCCAGCAACUCUCCUGGUUCUUCAGAAGCUAAAGAUCCUGUCGGGUUCUCACAGAAGUGUGAAGAGCGAGCGAUCGCGUGCAGCCUGGACGGUGAAGCUUCACCUUCUACAAUCACACUGACCCCACAAACUUCAUUUGGUGUGUCCUGGAAUAUAACACCCCACUUACACUCCACUUCAUUUUGGAGCUCAUGGAGGGAGGGCAUCUCUUCCACCAGCAGGAGUUUGCAUCUCCAUAGUCCUUCAUCUUCAGUCUCGUCUGCCCCGCCUCCAAACCAGCUUCAUAAGUUCUCACCACCGUCUAGACACCGAUCCUCACAAAUGCUCCACGGAGAAACGAUGACCCUCACAGAAGAUCUCACCGCUCACAGGAGAUCCGAAGGCUCGGCACCUCUCUGGUUGUCGGAUUCCAACUCCUUGGGCUUCAUCGACACACACUGUCACCUGGAUAUGCUGUACGGGAAGAUGGGCUUUCACGGAAGCUUCCGGAGCUUCCGUCUAAAAUUUCGGAGCACCUUUCCUGCGGAGUUUCACGGCUGCAUAACCGACUUCUGCAAUCCCAGGAUCACGCUGAAGGACCGCAUCUGGGAACAGCUCAUAGAAGAGGAGUUGGUCUGGGGUGCUUUCGGGUGCCACCCUCACUUCGCCCAGGAGUACAACUCCGCCCACGAGCAGAGCAUCAUGGGAGCCAUGCGUCACCCCAAGACUGUAGCGUUUGGAGAAAUCGGCCUGGAUUACUCGCAUAAGAAUUCGGUCAACCUCAGGACACAGAAGGAGGUGUUUGAGCGGCAGCUGCGGUUGGCCGUGUCUUUGGGAAAGCCGCUUGUUAUACACUGCCGGGACGCUGAUGACGAUUUGCUUGACAUUAUGAAGAAGUGCGUUCCCCAUGACUACAAGAUACACAGACACUGUUUCACUAACAAUUACUCUGUCAUCGAGCCGUUCCUGAACGAAUUCUCAAACCUGUGCGUGGGUUUUACGGCGUUGGUCACGAACCCUAAAGCCACAGAGGCCCGAGAUGCCGUCAGGAAAAUUCCACUGGAGCGGAUUCUGCUGGAAACCGACGCACCCUACUUCCGACCCAGACAGGUACCUCCAUCCGUGUGUAGGUUUUCUCACCCUGGGAUGGCAUUACACACCUUAAAGGAAAUCAGCGUGCUGAAGGGAGAGCUCUUCUCCACCGUGCUCCAAACGGUCCGCCAGAACACCACACACAUCUACGGAGUGUGAAACCUCCACCCUCCAACUAAGGAACUAUCUGUCGACUCUAUAAAUAUUUUUAUUGGAAUGAUUAAAAUGGUAGAUUAUUUUUCCUACAUUAUCGGAGACAUGUUCGUUUUUUUUUUUAGGUUGCAUUUACACAUUAUUAUACUUGAUGUUUUAAAGUUUUCCUGUUUUGAUCUUAGUUCUCUUUGUGGGGGGGUUUUGGAGGAGGGGCUUUAAAUGGAUGCAUUAUGCGCAUAAAUUAUGCAGAACCUGGCAACCCUGCUCAUAUAAAACUGGAGUUCAUUAGGCCUGAUGUAUAAGAAAGGCAACAGGACCAAUAUAUUAUUUGUUGUACACACUAACAUGGAUUUAAACACUGAAAUGUUGAGAGAUUUGAUGCAUUUCUUUAAAAAAAAAUUGAAAUGUCUAUAACUUAGAUGAGGAAUAUGAGGUGGGACCUUCUAGGUUUUUGUGCUAGAAUGCCACUUCAGGUCAAAUCAUUGACGGGUUUUUAUUUUUUAUUUAAUUUUUUUUUUUAUGUUCAUAUACUAAUUUGUGAGAGUAUCCGGAGGUUUGUUUUUUUCCACAGAUUAAGCCGUAAUUUAUUUAAAUAUUGAUUUUAUUUCGUAUUUUGUUGGCCCUGUUUGAGACUGUGUUCUGGACGAAGCAAAUAAAAAGCUGCAUGUGUUGCAAA